UUUCGAUCUCAUGAAAUGGAAAUUGACCAGUGCUUGCUGGAGUCCCUUCCCCUAGGCCAGCGGCAGCGACUGGUGAAGCGCAUGCGCUGUGAACAAGUCAAAGCCUACUAUGAGCGGGAGAAGGCUUUUCAGAAGCAGGAAGGGUUCUUCAAGAGGCUGAAGCAUGGAAAGAAUCAGAAAGUUCAUUUUAACCUUGCUGACAUGCUGCAGGAUGCAAUUAUCCAUCACAAUGACAAAGAAGUCCUUCGUCUACUGAAGGAGGGGGCCGAUCCUCACACUCCUGUGUCCUCGGGAGGAUCCUUACUCCAUCUGUGUGCUCGGUAUGAUAACGCCUUCAUUACGGAGGUCCUGAUUGACAGAGGGGUCAACGUAAACCAGCAGGAUGAAGAUUUUUGGACACCAAUGCACAUUGCCUGUGCAUGUGAUAACCCUGAUAUUGUUCUGCUGCUUGUAUUAGCAGGAGCCAAUGUCCUUCUUCAAGAUGUCAAUGGGAAUAUCCCGUUAGAUUAUGCCGUAGAAGGCACAGAAUCAAGCUGUAUCCUGUUGACCUAUCUGGAUGAAAAUGGAGUGGACCUGACCUCACUGCGCCAGAUGAAGCUUCAGAGACCCAUGAGCAUGUUAACAGAUGUCAAACACUUCUUAUCGUCUGGAGGAAAUGUUAAUGAGAAAAAUGAUGAAGGAGUAACACUGCUGCAUAUGGCAUGUGCAAGUGGCUACAAGGAGGUGGUGUCUCUUAUCUUGGAACAUGGCGGAGACCUCAACAUAGCAGAUAAUCAGUAUUGGACCCCACUCCAUUUGGCUGCAAAAUAUGGCCAGACAACCCUGGUGAAACUUCUUUUGAUGCAUCAGGCAAACCCAAACCUCCUGAACUGCAAUGAAGAAAAACCUUCAGAUAUUGCUGCGUCUGAGUUUAUUGAGGAAAUGCUGCUAAAAGCUGAAAUUGCCUGGGAAGAAAAAAUGAAAGAGCCUUUAUCUGUUGCUGCCUUAGCCCAAGAGGAGCCCUAUGAAGAGAUCACUCUUCCAGAGCUUUCUAGUAAGCUCAGUCCCCUGGCAUUACCAAUCGCCAAACAAGACAGUUUGCUGGAAAAAGACAUUAUGUUCAAAGAUGCAACAAAAGGUCUAUGUAAGCAACAGUCUCAGGACAGUGUUCCUGAAAACACCACAAUGAAUGGUUCCACCAAGCCCGAGCAGGUCAAGCUAAUGCCUCCUGCUCCAAACGAUGACCUAGCCACUCUCAGUGAGCUCACUGAUGGCAGCCUGCUUUAUGAAAUUCAGAAGCGCUUUGGGAACAAUCAGAUAUACACUUUUAUUGGAGACAUUCUCUUGCUUGUUAACCCAUUCAAGGAGCUUCCAAUUUAUUCUACCAUGGUCUCACAGCUUUACUCCAGCAGCUCGGGGAGACUGUCUUCCUCUUUGCCUCCUCACAUCUUCUCCUGUGCUGAGAGAGCCUUUCACCAGCUUUUCCUGGAGCAGAGACCUCAGUGUUUCAUCCUCAGUGGCGAGAGAGGAUCUGGGAAGUCUGAAGCCAGCAAACAAAUAAUGAGACACCUAUCCUGUAGACCUGGAUCCAGCAGGGGUGUGUUGGAUUCCAAAUUCAAACACGUCAUGUGCAUUUUAGAAGCCUUUGGACAUGCCAAGACAACUCUUAAUGAUGUAUCCAGCUGCUUCAUAAAGUAUUUUGAACUGCAAUUCUGUGAGAGGAAGAAGUAUUUAACUGGAGCCAGAAUUUAUACAUAUAUGCUAGAGAAAUCUCGACUUGUUUCACAACCUCUUGGCCAGAGUAAUUUUCUCAUCUUCUACUUAUUGAUGGAUGGAUUAUCUGCUGAGGAAAAAUACGGACUCCACCUUAAUAAUUUAUCUACGCACCGGUAUUUGGACCAGAACAUCUGGGAAGACCUAUCAACAGCAGAACAUUCUCUGAACAGAGAGAAAUUAGCUGCUUUGAAACAAGCCCUAAAUGUAAUUGGCUUCAGUGCUUUGGAGGUGGAGAAUCUGUUUGUGAUCCUAGCAGCCAUACUGCACAUUGGAGACAUUCGGUUCACUGCUCUGACAGACGCUGACUCAGCAUUUGUGUCUGACCUCCAGGUCCUGGAACAAGUAGCUGGGAUGUUACAAGUAUCAACAGAUGAGUUGGCGUCUGCUUUAACAACUGAUAUUCAAUAUUUUAAAGGAGAUAUGAUCAUACGGCGACAUACUAUAGAGAUUGCUGAAUUUUACCGGGAUCUCUUGGCCAAGUCCUUGUACAGUCGUUUGUUUAGCUUUUUGGUGAAUACCAUGAAUGGUUACCUUCAACGUCAAGAUGAGCAAAGCAGCAUACAGACAUUGGAGAUUGGAAUACUGGACAUCUUUGGUUUUGAAGAAUUUCAAAAGAAUGAAUUUGAACAACUUUGUGUCAACAUGACCAAUGAGAAGAUACACCACUAUAUCAAUGAAGUACUUUAUCUGCAAGAGCAAACAGAAUGUGUACAAGAAGGAGUUACCAUGGAAACAACAUAUUCUCCUGGUAACCAGGCUGGAGUUUUGGAUUUUUUCUUCCAGAAACCAUCUGGAUUUCUCUCUUUGUUGGAUGAAGAAUGUCAAAUGAUUUGGUCAAUGGAAACAAACCUUCCAAAAAAGCUACAAAGUCUCCUGGAGUCCUCAAACACAAAUGCAGUCUAUUCCCCCAUUAAGGAUGGGAAUGGGAAUGUCGCCUUCAGAGAUCAAGGCACGGCAUUCACUAUCAUGCACUACGCGGGAAGGGUCAUGUAUGAAAUUGUUGGAGCAGUUGAAAAAAAUAAGGACUCCCUUUCACAGAAUCUUCUAUUUGUAAUGAAAACUAGUGAAAAUGUUGUGAUCAAUCACUUGUUCCAGUCGAAGCUGUCACAAACGGGAUCACUCGUGUCUUCCUGUCCUUCCUUCAAAUUUCGAGGACACAAAUCUGCCCUGCUCAGUAAGAAAAUGACAGCUUCUUCAAUUAUUGGAGAAAACAAGAAUUAUCUAGAGCUUAGUAAGUUAUUAAAAAAGAAAGGAACACCUACGUUUCUUCAAAAACUGGAACGGGGCAGUCCAGUCUCCAUAGCGUCGCAGCUCAGGAAAUCUCUAACGGAUAUUAUUGGAAAACUUCAGAAGUGCACUCCACACUUGGUUCAUUGCAUCAAGCCCAAUAACUCAAAGCUGCCAGACAGUUUUGAUAAUUUUUAUGUGUCUGCUCAGCUGCAAUAUAUUGGGGUCCUGGAGAUGGUGAAGGUCAUUCGGUAUGGAUAUCCUGUCCGCCUUUCCUUCACAGAGUUCUUGUCAAGGUUUAAGCCAUUGGCUGAUACGUUCCUGGGUGAGAAAAGGAAACCGUCUGCUGAGGAGAAAUGUCGGCUUAUUCUCCAACAGUGUAAAUUACAAGGCUGGCAGAUGGGAGUCCGAAAAGUGUUUUUAAAAUACUGGCAAGCUGACCAGCUCAAUGAUUUGUGCCUACGGUUGCAGAGAAAAAUUAUAACCUGCCAAAAAGUUGUAAGAGGAUUUCUAGCACGCCAGCACCUGCUUCAGAAAAUAAGCAUCCAACAGCAAGAGGUCACAUCCAUCAAUAGCUUUCUACAGAACACAGAGGACAUGGGGCUGAAAACCUAUGAUGCCCUGGUCGUUCAAAAUGCUUCAGACAUUGCCCGGGAAAAUGACCGGCUUCGGAAUGAAAUGAAUGCCACUUACCAUAAAGAAAAGUUAGAGGCCAGGAGCAAACAAGAAGAAGGAACCAAAAGAGCUGAGGACAAGUGUGGACCCAGGCAUUUUCAUUCCAGCUCCGUCCCAGUGCCGAUAGCAGUGGACAACCUGGUCCAGUCUCUGGCUGGCUCUUCUACCAGGUCUCCAUCCCUUCACUCUGUGUUCAGCAUGGAUGACAGCAGUGGCCUGCCGUCGCCACGGAAACAGCCUCCGCCCAAGCCAAAGAGAGACCCCAACACCCGGCUGAGUGCCUCUUAUGAGGCUGUGAGUGCCUGCUUGUCAGCAGCAGCUAAGGAAACAGCUCAUGAAGUUCUGACCCGGCCCAGACCACACAGCGAUGACUACAGCACCAUGAAAAAGAUUCCUCCUCGAAAGCCAAAGCGAAGCCCCAACACGAAGCUCAGUGGCUCCUAUGAAGAGAUAGCAGCCCCGAAGCCAGGAGAAGGGAAGCCAGCGCAGGCCGCAGGUAAAGCUCCCCACCAGCCCCUGAUGGCCACACACAGGGCUGCGUCCACCGAUGGGCCGCACCAGGGCGCUCCGAAUCUGACCAUGUCACAGGAGGAGGACGACGAGACAGAACCAGUGUACAUUGAGAUGGUAGGGAAUGCCAUCAAGGCUGGCGGCAUCGAGGCAGACAGCCCAGACCAAGGGGAGUCCGUGUAUGAAGAGAUGAAAUACUUUUUGCCGGAGGACAGCAACAGCAGCAGCCCGGGCCUGGUCUCCUUGGUGGCUGCAUCGCCCUCUCUGUUUUUUGAGAGUCGAAAACCUAUCACCUUCGAGGAUGGUGACAUCAGCUGCCAAGCAACUGGGACCUUCAAAGAUACGUGUGACAUUCCUCCCCCUUUCCCGAAUCUGCUCCCUCAUCGCCCUCCCCUUCUCGUGUUUCCCCCAACCCCGGUGACAUGCUCUCCUGCGUCUGAUGAAUCACCUUUAACUCCGCUGGAAGUGAAAAAACUGCCGGUCCUGGAAACCAACCUCAAAUACCCUGUCCAGCCGGAAAGUUCAAGUCCCUUGUCUCCACAGUAUUCCAAAAGCCAAAAAGCGGACAGCGACAGGCCUGCCUCCCCUGGCUUAACUGUAUUUAAUGGGUUGAACAAAACGUCUCCUCCUUCCACGCCUCCGCCUCCUCCCUUGCCUCCUCCUGCUUCUUACCGGCCCUCCACCCAUUUCGCUUUCCCACCAGAGAAGUUGGUGGUUAAUGCAGGAAAACCAACAGCAGGUUCUGAUUUGCCCAAAGCCCACCAGAAUCCAAACUCUGCCCCAGUGAGUGGUGCCUGCAGCCCUUUCUCCAAGCUUCCUUACUCUCCAGUCAAGGCCUCGAGAGCUGACCACAGGAAGUGCAACUCUAAUUCCUCCUCGCCGGUUCCCUACAGCCCUCCAAACUCAAGACCUCUCACUAGCCCUCUGGAUGAGUUAACUAGCCUUUUUAACUCGGGAAGGAGUGUGCUUCGGAGGUCCGCAGCUGGAAGAAAAAUCAGAGAACCUGAAGGUUUUGAAACUAACAUGAACUUAACAAGCCGGGAUGAUCCUAGUACGUCAGAAAUUGCAUCAGAGGCUCAAGAUAGAAAUGCAAAUAACCAUGGAAUUCAGUUAUCUAAUUCACUAUCUAGUUGUAUAACUGCUGAAAAUGGAAAUCCCGUCACAAAUGGUUUGCCUGGAGAAGACGGAUACUCAAGGCUGUCAGUGAGUGGCACAGCGACUUCAUCAUUUCAGGGACAUCGGGAGAGUCACGCCUCACAGGUAAUCCAUCAGCUGAGGCUUUCCGAGAAUGAAAGUGUGGCCCUGAAAGAGCUCUUGGACUGGAGGCGAAAGCUCUGUGAAGAAGGGGAAGACUGGCAGCAAAUCGUUCACCACCCUGAAGCCAGGGGCCCUCCCCCGCCUCCUUGCAAGAAGCCCACUCUUCUGAAGAAGCCGGAAGGGGCAUCCUGCAAUAGGCUUCCUUCAGAGCUCUGGGACACCACCAUCUGAUGUGGCCUGGAUCGCAGACUCACAAAAUAAAACUGCCUAGUGGUUCCAGGCUGCGCCAACAGCGGGCUCCCUUCUGAUACAUGCUGGGUCCUCCCUCCAUGCAUUUACACAAAAAAAAAGCACAGGACACAGAAGUCAAAUAUACAAGAUUCCCUGUGUGUAUAUGUGUGUGUGUGUGUGUGUUCUUUCUUAUCCAUUUUGUGAUGAUACACUCUGAUAUCCAGGCUCCAUGUUUAUAGGGCCGUGCUGCUUAUAGGUGGCAAGAGAAAAGGCUGGCAAAUGUGCAUGAGACCAGAGAGGGCAACGGAGCGUGCAGGAAAGCAGUCAGGUCUGUACACAUGUACAGUUGUUUUUAUAGAGUUCAACAAUGUGUUUCUUGUACUUCCAGCAGGUUUAUUGUAAUAGGCUAUAUGAGUACCUAUUAUUUUGUUCCUUUGUAGAUGUUUGUGUUUUAU